UAUUGUUAUACAGUAUAGUGUUAUAUACUAUAGACUCUAUAGUAUAGAGUUAUAUACUGUAAUAAUAUUAAGAUAUAAAGCAUUGUUAGCAUUGACUGCACUGACAGCACAUGUGCUUUGAAUUGUAGUUUUGAUUGAAUUGUAGUUUUGAUUGAUAUUACCAUUUGGUUUGUUGUCGACAAUGUCUUCGGUCGGCACUCUGGCCUUUGACGAGUUUGGUCGUCCUUUCUUUAUAUUGAAAGAUCAGGACAAACAAAGACGUCUUGUCGGCAGUGAAGCCAUCAAAUCACAUAUAAUGGCCGCCCGUUCAGUGGCCAACACAUUGAGUAGUUCGUUGGGACCAAAAGGUUUGGACAAAAUGAUGGUAUCACCUGAUGGUGAUGUUACAGUCACUAAUGAUGGCGCAACUAUACUUAAGAUGAUGGAUGUUGAGCACCAAAUCGCUAAAUUGAUGGUUCAAUUGUCUCAAUCACAGGAUGACGAGAUCGGUGAUGGAACUACUGGUGUCGUUGUACUCGCCGGUGCUCUCCUAGAACAGGCAGAGUUACUUCUAGACAGAGGUAUACAUCCCAUUCGUAUUGCUGAUGGCUUUGAGAUGGCCGCCCGACACGCCAUAAACCAUUUGGAUAGCAUUAGUGAUGGAUUUCCUUUCGAUAAAAAUAAUUUGGAACCUUUAAUACAGACAGCAAUGACAACACUUAACUCGAAAAUAGUGAACCGAUGUUUGAGACAAUUUGCCGAAAUAGCUGUCAAUGCUGUGAUUUCUGUGGCAGAUUUAGAUCGAAAAGAUGUCUGCUUUGAGCUAAUUAAAGUCGAAGGAAAAGCUGGCGGAAGACUUGAGGACUCGCUUCUUGUUAAAGGAGUUAUUGUGGAUAAAGAUUUCAGUCAUCCGCAAAUGCCUAAACAACUUAAAGAUGUAAAGUUGGCAAUCCUUACGUGUCCUUUUGAACCACCAAAACCUAAGACCAAACAUAAGUUAGACGUUCAGUCAGUUGAAGACUAUAGAAAUUUGAGAAAAUAUGAACAGCAAAAGUUUGAACAAAUGGUUGAUAAAGUUAAAGAAACCGGAGCUUCACUUGUCAUAUGUCAGUGGGGUUUUGAUGACGAGGCUAACCAUUUACUUCUGCAGAAAGAUUUGCCAGCAGUUCGUUGGGUCGGCGGUCCUGAGAUAGAACUGAUUGCCAUCGCAACCGGUGGUCGUAUUGUUCCCCGAUUUGAAGAGAUUACAACUGAAAAGUUAGGAAAAGCUGGUAUUGUACGGGAACUGACAUUUGGUACGACAAAAGAUAAAAUGCUUGUCAUAGAGGAGUGUAAGAAUACCCGAGCAGUUACUGUAUUUAUUCGCGGCGGCAAUAAAAUGAUUGUCGAAGAGGCAAAACGCAGUCUUCACGACGCUCUCUGUGUCGUCAGAAAUCUUGUUAGAGAUAACAGAGUUGUUUAUGGCGGCGGCGCUGCAGAGAUAGCCUGUUCUCUUGUUGUGGCUCAAGAAGCAGACAAGAUUUCAUCACUAGAACAGUACGCCUUCAGAGCAUUUGCUGACGCACUCGACUCUAUACCAAUGGCUUUGGCUGAAAACAGUGGCCUCCCAUCCAUUGAAACGCUUUCCGAAAUAAAGUCGCGACAAAUUAAAGAAAAGAAUCCAUGGCUUGGUAUUGAUUGUCUUAAUAAAGGAACCAAUGAUAUGAAGACACAACAUGUCAUCGAAACACUCAACAGUAAGAAACAGCAGAUCAGUCUCGCGACACAAUUAGUUAAAAUGAUUCUGAAGAUCGAUGACAUCCGUUCUAAUGAAGGCAUGUUUGGAUAAACGCAUUGAUUUUAUGUCACUAUUGUUGACAUUAUUUUGUAUCUUUAAUUUUAUAUAAAUUAAGACAUUUCUAAAUUAAUUAUUUUAUUGAUUUAUUAAAUUAUGUCAAAUCGAG